AUGCCAGGGAGGUACUCUGCUUCAGAACAAUACAGUCUUCCAGAUGAUAUAAUCAAAGGUAUGAUCGUUGUGCGCUGCAAUUCCAUCCUUCGAGGGCAUUCAGGCGUGAGGAUGGACAUCGCCGACUUUUUGAUGGAGGUCCUGGCAAAGGACAUGAUGCCCUUGAUACCCACACGUGGGAGCGUCUCUGCCUCUGGUGAUCUCACCCCACUCGCCUAUCUCGGCGGUUUGUUGGAAGGUAAUCCCGAUAUCCCGGUUAGGAUCACGGACAGGGGAGACUUCCAGAUUGUUUCUGCAGAUGAGGCGCUAAGGUGUGCUAAUAUGGCACCACUUAAGCUGCAGGGAAAAGAAGGUCUAGGACUAAUGAAUGGUACCGCUCCCAGCAGUAGUGCCGCUGCACUGGUGGUCCAUGACAGCCAUAUUUUGGCGGUAUUAGUACAGAUUUUGACUGCUCUGAGCACCGAGGCCCUCCAGGGAACGGUGAACAAUUACCAUGAUUUCAUUUCCACAUGUCGCCCCCAUCCUGGUCAACGGGAGGUAUCAGGGAAUAUCCGGAGAUUUCUUUGCGGCUCCAAACUCGCUCAGGGUAUGGAAGGGCAGUUAGCGGGCCUAGUGCAGGAUCGCUACGACUUACGCACCGCACCUCAGUGGAUUGGGCCGCAAGUGGAAGACUUACUCGCAGCAGACGGCCAGGUCAGCGUCGAGCUCAAUGCGACGACCGAUAACCCCCUCAUUGAUGCACAGGAGAACUCUUACCAUCAUGGAGGAAAUUUUCAAGCCACGGUAAUCACGUCCGCGAUGGACAAAACGCGGACGUCGCUACUCAUGCUAGGAAAGUUGUUGCUGGCACAGUCUCAACAGAUGGUCGAUCCACUAAUCAAUAACGGGCUGCCUCUCAACCUGUGUGUUGAGGACCCCAGUCUUUCAUUCACUGCCAAAGGGCUCGAUGUAAAUAUGGCCGCAUAUUGCUCGGAACUCGGCUUCUUAACAAACUCGGUGGUCAGCAAUAUACAUUCUGCAGAGAUGCGAAAUCAUGUGCAGCACAUAUAUAUAUAG